AUUUCAAAAUCAACACAAAAUUAAACUAACUUCUCGACAUGUAGUUGAUAUAAAGUGUGCGUAACAAAUUUGUGGUGCAUAGAAAUUUCAAAAAAGGUGGCCGACCACAAAAAGAAAGCUGCAAAUCGUAGACGCAAAUAUGAGCUAAUGGACAGGCUGUUAACGCACCAUUUCGCGCCAAGUUAGCGCUGUUAAACGCUCUUAUCAUCAGCUGAAUCAGCUGUUAUACCGCCCACUGUCCACCACCCACCGCCCGCCACAAGCACAGUCCAGCAAUAAAGUAACAUCUUGCUGCUAAAAAUUCCACUAGCAACGACGACGUCGCCUCAGUCGAGUUUCGUUUGUAUUUCGGGCAGCAAGGUCAAACAAGGUCUUUUUUUUUAGCAACAUACAUAAUAAGUAGAGCAUUAUGUCCCAGCUGCUCAGACAAAUAGGCGUCCAUCGCUGCUCGCUACGCUUCAAUCAGCUGGGAGGAUCGACGUCGAGGGCAACAACCCAAAUUCAGGACAGACAGCGCCGCUGGCAGCACAACAACAGCAAUCGCGAUUAUGAUCUUGUUGUCGUGGGCGGUGGCAUUGUGGGCGCGGCCUCAGCGCGCGAAAUACUGUUACGCCAUCCAUCACUGAAGAUUGCCGUGCUGGAGAAGGAACCCAAGUUGGCCAUGCACCAGAGUGGCCACAACUCGGGUGUCAUUCAUGCGGGAAUCUACUAUAAACCCGGCACAUUGAAAGCUCGCCUUUGUGUGGAGGGUUUGCACCUGGCUUACAAGUAUCUGGAUGAGCAUCAGAUUCCCUACAAGAAGGUGGGUAAACUCAUUGUGGCCACCGAUGCCCGGGAAGUCGAAUUGCUCAAGGAUCUGGAGCAGCGUGGCAUAGCGAAUAAGGUGCCCGAUUUGCGUAUGAUUGAAGGAGAUGAGAUUCAGGAGAUUGAACCCUAUUGCCGCGGCUUGAAGGCACUCCACAGUCCACACACUGGCAUUGUGGAUUGGGGUCUGGUUACCCAGCAUUAUGGCGAGGACUUUAAGCGCGCUGGCGGCGACAUUUACCUGGACUUUAAGGUGACCAAGUUCUCGGAGACCAAGGAAGGCAACGCUGGCGAUUAUCCAGUGACCAUUCAUGGUGGCAAACCGCAUCAAACAGUGCGCACUCGUAACGUCUUGACUUGUGGUGGCCUCCAGUCGGAUCUUUUGGCUGAAUUGACCGGCUGUCCUCGUUCCCCCCGCAUUGUGCCCUUCCGUGGCGAGUACUUGCUACUCUCCAAGGAGAAGCAACACAUGGUGCGUGGCAACAUUUAUCCAGUGCCCGAUCCCCGCUUCCCCUUCCUCGGUGUGCACUUCACGCCCCGCAUGGACGGCUCCAUCUGGCUGGGACCCAAUGCUGUGUUGGCGCUCAAGCGCGAAGGCUACACGUGGAGUGAUAUCAAUCUCUUUGAGCUCUUCGAUGCCCUGCGCUAUCCCGGCUUCCUCAAGAUGGCCAGCAAAUACAUCGGCUUUGGCCUCAGCGAGAUGAGCAAGUCGGCAUUCAUCAAUCUUCAAGUGAAAGCACUGCAGAAAUACAUCCCUGAGGUCACGGAGUAUGACAUUGAACGUGGCCCAGCUGGUGUGCGUGCCCAGGCUCUGGAUUUGAGUGGCAAUCUCGUGGAUGACUUUGUGUUUGAUCGUGGCGAGGGAUCCGGACCGCUGGCCAAGCGUGUGCUGCACUGCCGCAAUGCCCCAUCUCCUGGUGCCACCAGCAGCUUGGCCAUUGCCAAGAUGAUAGCCGACAAAAUCGAAACUGAAUUCGCUAUAGGAAAGAGCAGCUGUUAGCCCACUCGAAAAUCCCAAGUGUCUUUUUUUACAAAUUGAGCAUUAAACGCAUGUAUAUUUUGUAAUCUUA